AUUGAUGUAGAUAAAGCUAAAGUGUGUGAUUUGAGGCAAUAUUUACGACAGCGUGGUUUACCUGUGUCGGGGUCAAAGCAUGAACUUAUUCAAAGGGCAAAAGGUGCUGACGAAAUUGGAAAACGGACACUCGAAGAGACUAGAAUCGCCGAUGAGAACUUCGCGGCUGUGCGAAGGGAAAACAGACUUGUAUCCCCGUUAGGAGAGUCCCUUCCUGAACAUUCAACAUUGAAAAGUGGUUGGACAAGAGAUGUAACCCAAAUUCCUCAAUUCACGAACGACGAUCUGUACAAUUAUCUUCAGAUAUAUGAUCUGUUAAUUACUGUGUGUGCUCUACCUGAUCUUGUGCUGAAUGAUUCCAGAACAUUUGACAAUAAGCCAAUAAAUGCCAAAAAACAAUUGAAAGCUAAAGUAUUUUACACGGACAGACAUCUUCAUUCUGUUGAGUUUCAUGAAAUAAACAGGACUAUUUCACAUUGCUAUGUCAGAGCAAAAGUGUUGAAAUCUCUGCCAGGAAUGUCCAAUAAAGAAAACAAAUUCGAAUACAGAGUUUGGACAUGUCUGUCUAAAAUAUCUGGUCGUGUACAUGCUGCUGGAUGUGAAUGCGAUGCUGGAGAAGGGGAGUCGUGCAAUCAUGUGGCGGCACUGAUGUAUGCUUUGGUUGAUGUGUCAGAGAAGAAAAAAGAAGGGCUCCAUGCUGUUACAUCCAAAGAAUGCCUUUGGAAUCAACCUCGAUCGAGAAAACUUAGUCCAAAAAAAGUUAAUGAUUUAGUUUUUAAAAAACAGAAAUUUAACACAAAUGAAUCAACAAAAGUAAAACUAGAAAAUAGUAGUAGUUUGAAAAGAAGUGUAGAACCAGUUAACUUAGAACGAUUUUGCAAUAAACUACAGAAGUGCAAUCCCUAUGCUGGAUUUUUAUUGUCCCAGCCUGCUACAAUAAAAAAAUUUCAAAGACCAAAUAGUCAUAACACAACCAGUGAAGUCAGUGACUUGGGACUUUCACCACCACCAUUUAUGUAUAGAGAUUGUGUCAAUACUAGGGAUGAAAAAGUACAAAUCGCAUUCAAAAAUUAUUUGGAGAAACUCUGUGUUACAAGUGAAAAAUGUGUUUUAAUAGAGCAAUCCACAAGAAAACAACUUAAAAAUCAUAACUGGAAAAUUGCGCGUGCAGACAGAUUGACAUCGUCAAAUUUUGGUUUGAUAUGUAAAAGAAGGGACGACACACCUCCAGAUUCAAUGUUAAAGACAGUUUUAGGUUAUACAGAUUUUGAUUGUGCGAGUGUGAAAUGGGGAAGAACUCACGAACCAGCGGCCCGUCGUUUCUAUUUGAAAAAUGCUCGACAACAGCAUAGUGAAAUUACAGUGACUGAAUGUGGGUUUAUUGUUUGUACUGAUUAUCCAUACCUAGGAUGCAGUCCAGAUGGAAUGAUUCAUUGUCCACAUUAUAUGGAUAACAAAGAUGGUGUUCUCGAAAUCAAAUGUCCUUACAAAUACAGAAUGGAAUCCCCACUAAGUGCUGCACAAAACAAAGAUUUCUUUUGUGAACUUGUAAAUGGUGAAUUAAAAUUGAAACGGAACCAUCCCUAUUACUUUCAGGUACAAGGACAAAUGGCAGUCACACAUCGGAAAUGGUGUGAUUUUUUUGUAUGGACUUUAAAUGGAUAUUCGGUUGAGAGAAUUCAAUUUGACUUUGAUUUCUGGCAAAAAAUGCAUGAGAAGCUUACAUCUUUUUUCAUGCAGUUUGUAAUACCAGAAAUAUUUACAAGACGUGUCAAACGCGGGAAGUGUCUAUUAUAAAUAUUAUGAAUAAUAUAUAUAUAUAUAGUGACAGUGCUUUGUUGUGUCCGAUAGUUUAUUUUGUUGAUGUACCAGUAUUAAUUAACAGUGUUUAAUCAGAUUGGGUCAAUUAAUGGAGUUAAUCAAAAUUUUCACAACUAAUCAUUUUCACUUUUAUGUGUUCAUUAAGUUAUGAAUGCAUUUCAUAUUUCUUACAGGAAGAACUGUGCAAUUUGAUUUUCCUAUCCUGGUUGCAUAACCAAGGAAUAUUUAAAUUAUUAGCUCUAGUCAGUACUUGUACUAAAUUUGACAAAGAUUUGCAUUAACAAAUAUAUAUCUCAAGUACAUUAAACUUUUCUUUUGUUACAGGUAGGAUCAGAUGCAAAUGUAAAACUAGAAAUUAUAUUGAAAUCUAGAGAACCAGUACCAUGAACUGUUGAAAGGGUUGCUCAUCAAAAAGAUACUGACUUAAUGGCAAACAGUGCAGAUUUUGAUCAGACUGCACAGAUGUGCAGGCAGAUCAUGAUCUGCACUGGUCACAAAGGCAGAAUCAGCAUGAUAAGGGUUAAUAUCACAUUCAUUUCUUUAUAGUAUACUACAUUUAUCCUAAUUAUGAAUGAGCACAACUUCAUGGUCUGCAGGGUCACCUUUGAUGUGACUUGACAUAUUGCAUUUUUGCCAGCAAUUGUGAGUUUGUUUAAAAAUGUUCCUGAAUUUAAAUUAAUUGCUUUUAAUAUGUGUAAUUCAUGAUGAAUUUUAAAGAUGUAACAUGUAAAUAUUAAAAUAUUAUGUUUUCUAUA